AUGGGUUCAACUCCAGACUAUAGCCUGCCCCCGCAGGAGCUUACCUUUGAUGGCUUCCUCUUCGACAUGGAUGGUACCAUUAUCGACUCCACGGAAGCAGUAGUCAAGCACUGGCAGACAAUUGGCAACGAGAUAGGAGUUGCUCCUGAAGUCAUCCUUGAGACCUCUCAUGGACGACGAAGCAUCGAUGUCCUAAAAAUCCUCGCGCCUGAGAAAGCCAACUGGGACUAUGUACGCGAUAUGGAGGGUCGUCUCCCCAAGUACCACGGCCACGAGGCUGUUGAGAUACCCGGCGCCCGUUCCAUGCUAGAAGCUCUUAUCGCCAGAUCUAGCCCUUGGGCGAUCGUUACCUCCGGCACGGUUCCUCUUGUGACUGGAUGGCUCCAUGCUCGAGACCUGCCCACGCCGCCUUCCGAUCGCCUUGUCACCGCUGAGUCCGUUGAGAAUGGUAAGCCUGACCCCGCCUGCUACCGCCUUGGACGUGAGCGCCUCGGCCUGGAAGCGGAGGGUGCACAGAUUCUCGUGCUCGAAGACAGCCCAGCAGGGAUCCGCGCAGGAAAAGCAGCCGGGUGCAAAGUUCUCGGCCUGGUGACCAGCCAUACUGUCGAGCAAGUCGUCGCCGCAGAACCAGACUGGGUGGUUCGAGACCUCUCCUCUGUCAAGGUUCUUCGGAGCGAGGGCGGCAAGGUGACCAUCGAGCUUUCCAAUGCUCUCCGACUGUGA